UCUCUAUAACCUCUGUGAUCUGUGGUGAACAUAACCUCUUUGGUGCGCCUGUGCAAGAGAAAGAGACCCUCAAAUCUCUGCCUCAAAUCCCAUAAAUAUUAAUGGUUGUCAGUGUAUGUGUCAAUUGGUGUAAAUAUUUUCUAUAGCGAGAGUUAAGUUCUGCUAUAGCGGCUAUAGCCUAUAGCCAACAUUAGCUAUGAACAUUAGUACUCGUCUUUAUCUAUAACUAUCUAAAUCUUGUUCUGUGAUCUAUGAUUGGUAUACUUGGCCCUGUUUUAAUAACUUUUAUUAUUGACAAUGGAUGUUAGCGAGGCUCUUAAGCAAUUGGAAGAUGUUUUAGACUCGACUGUUAGAGAUGCCUACUUUACUUAUUUGACACAAUGGUUCAGGUUUCACCCCGGAAUGACCAAGGAUGUAUUUGACGAAAAAAUAAGAAACCUGUUUCGCAAUAAAGAACAGCUGAUUCACCACAACAAUUUCCUGUUAGCCCUUUUGAACAAAGCUUACUCAAGCUACCGAGCGAAGCCUCCCAGGCAAGUUAAUAAUAAAGGUCAAUUCGAGCUGGCGGAUUAUGCAGAUUAUGUUUCGCCAAGUAAAAGAGGAGCUUCAGAGUUGUUUGCACCAAACAGCCCUUUCAUGUCCUGUCGAAUUAACAUAGCAGCCUGGCGAUGUGGUUUAACUGGUGCAGAUAGCAGAAUUACACAGCUGAUGGUGUUUGCUUGCCAGAGCUUUUUAAAGAAUUUGACCACCGCUAUUGUUACCAAGGCUAGGGGAUACAAGGUGAGAGAUGGGAAGCUGCAGUAUAGUUUUAACAUGCCAUUGCAAGAUCCGUAUACAAGUAUAUCAGGUAGGUUAAAUGGUGAAGAGAAGACGUUUAACAACUAUCAACACGUAAAGUGGCUCCAUGGAAACAGGCCUACGCUGGAGGAAACUGAGAUUGAAAGGUUAUCAAUUAAUGGAAUCAGUACCUUAGAGAAGACAAGUUUGAUAGUAAAUUCAAAACUGGUUUAUGAAACGGUGAGAGAGAAUCCAAAAAUUUUAGGUCAACACGGAGUGCAUAGCGUUCAGUCCGUAAAGCUCAGUUUUCUUGAUGACUCAGAAUCUUCUUCCGAUGACGAUUCAGAUUAUUAGAAUUUAGGAAAGUGCAUAGGUACUUUAGAACUACUCUUGUGAUUAAAACAAGCAACUAAACAAUGUAUGCCACUAGGCGAUAGAGAUUGGUGGAAAAAUAAUCAAAUUCAGUUAUAAUUGCUGUAUUGAAAAUAGUAAAAGUUAAUUUGUAUCAA